AUGAGCAGCUUGCCCCCAGGUUUCGACCCCUAUUCUUUAUGCGAGCCUGAAGAGGUUGUGCAUCAUAUGCCGCUUAGGCCGUAUAGGAUGGUUCCAAUAGCCGAGCUGGAAGACAACGAUUCAGUAUCGACUCUCGUGCUACCAAGCUUAGAAGAGCUAGAGGAAUACGAUAGGGCCGGGGCUCAGCAUCACAUAAGCCUACCUGCUUCUGGCGUUCAAGGCAGCUUACUCCCAUCUAUCGCUGGGGCUGUAAACGCACCGAACCUGCAGAAUGACGCUGUAUGCCAGGUCAUUCCUCCUCUGUCCCCGAACUGGACAGGAUAUCGUCUGAGACGCAUAGGCAGAUCCCGAAAGCGUGGAGAGCUACCUUUGCCUGACAGGUCAACCUUACGUCCAGUUUCAACAAAUACAAAUCAAGCCUCUGAUUCUGGCGAGAGACACUCCAGGCACUCGUCAAACAGUGAGGCAGAGUUGUCUACUUUGUCCUCCGACGGUUCUGUGCAGAGGUCCCGCAGGACAGUGACUGCAAACAGAAGAAGUAGCAUGCGCUCUUCCCUGUUAGCCUUUUGGGACUGGCUUGUUUAUGCGCCUGGGAACACGCCUGAGAACACUAGCACCGUCCCUACGCAGCAAAGCGAAAGUGAUAAACACACAGAAGCUCCUAUUUCCCAAACACCAACUUCUUCUCAUCAACACGCUUCUCCCCCUCCCUCUAUUGAGCUCAAAACCUUCACCACCACUUCCCCGUCGCCAGACGACAACAAAUUCAUUCCAUCUCCAAGCUUUUCUAGAAGAACAAGUACUUUAAAGCUCGGAAAGUCAGAUCCUGACACCAUGGCUGCCGACAAACUCUCAGUCCAAGAUCCCUUUCAGGACCCCCGUACUCCAGGAAGACGCUAUACCGCGCCCACCAGCAACACGGCUUUUCAAAGCAUGAAUGAAGCAUCCGGAAAUGCCUCAUUUAUGAAGGGCUACUCCAUGGAGAGCACACAGAAACAUUCACACGACAAUACUGAUUACGAACAUGACCCAAAUUACUUUUUGCCUCAGACCCGCUACAAUCCAGCUUCCCGCUCUGCGUCGGUGUCCACCGAAAGCUUCAAGCCUUCACGGAUUCCGAAAGCGAGUCACCACAUCAAAACACCGACAGAACCGUCCCCACUGGAGAGACGAACACAGACUUCUAGUGCAUACCGUAGUGCAAUCCCUUUGCCUGUUCAGCGGCGCAGUGCAUCCUCGCCUGCUCGUGCCCAUGGCGCCACAUCCAGAGAGCUCUAUACUGGAGACGUCUCUGGUGUUAUGAGCCCAUCUGUUCCCAGUAGCCAGCCAUCCGAAGAGGCAUUUGGUGGUACCACAGUUACUCCCAAGCCUGAUGACAGAAAGGGACAUGGUCUCUCCAAGUCCGUGCUUGAUAACGAUUGGGAUACCAGUGAGGAAGAGACCCCAAAGCCGGCUCGCACAAUCUAUACUGGCGAGUAUCGUACACCGGUAGCUGAGAGAACUGCACAACGCAUUCAUGGCACUAAAUUGAGAAUCUCAUCAUCCGCAGACGAGGUAAUGGGAGGUACAGUAUCACAGUCUGCUCGAUAUCCCUUUACUCUGCAAUCCGAUUAUGAGGACCAGAAUGACCUUGACCAGCCACUAUCAUCUCUUAGGCGUCAAGAUGGCAUUGGUGAUUAUGUUGAAAAUAGCAUGGGCGACGUGAUCUGGAAUCUUCGGGGGGAUCCCAGCCCAAUCAACGGAUCCCAAGUUUCGUACGAGGAGGCUGAUAUCUAUCCAGAGAUAUCGGCUGCUUCAACCCAUCCCAGCGUGUUAAGCUUUACUGGGGCUAUUCAGAACUACUCGCAGGAAUUGGAGACCGAAAAUCCUCCUUCCAGAACGCAGGAGAAAGAUGAACUGCUACGGACCUCUUCUUCAGCCCCAAAGAGAGGACAAAAGGACGCGAUGUCUAGCCAUAAACGUAAGCAUGACACCCAUAGGCCUGAGCAUUCUCACUUCGGCUACUCGUCGAUUGGACCUCACACCGUUGUUGAUCGUUACACAGCUCUUCACUCUCACCCUGUUCGAUCGUCGUCAUUGGAACCGUUGUAUGAGUUCUCGAUCCAGGAAGGGGGCUCCUCCAAGCCAAAGUCUUCGAAACGAAUCCAAAGAGAGGAAUCAUUCGCUGAAGUCGUUCCUAGAACAAUUCCGCUUCCAAAAAUCACGGCCGGCGAAGGGGUACGGACUCCAGUCUCACGCAAUGAGAAAAAGUCUUUUAGCAUUCGAAACAUCUUCAAAACCCGCGCUGGUACUGGGCGAGAGACUCCAAUCCCUAGGAACAGAGCUACUACACAUAAGAUUCCAGUGACUGUCCAACCGAUCAGAAAAGCUGUCAGUAGCAAGAGCUUAGGCGGCGUCAUGAAACCAGCAGGGCUUGCGUGGAAUAGACCUUCUUUGCGCAAUACUAAGGCUCGCACUGGACCAAUCUCCGAACCAAUUCAGAUUCCUCCUGAGCAGCUUCCUCCUGGCUGUAAGCCUCUCCCUGGGCCCAACGCGUCUAACAUGAUCGACUUGAGACCGACUCUGGCAUCCACCAGUACGUCUGCCAGUACUCAUACAUCAUCGAUCCCUGGAUCUCGAACUCGACGAGGACAUGUGAUUACAACUUCCAGUGGAAGCCCCUAUCUCACGAGCCAAGUGCCCACUACUUCUGAAAGCUCUCCUUUGGGAGUCUCUACACCUUCACGGAUUCCGAUACGCGUGAAGCAUGUCGCAGUUCAAACGGAAACUCAACACAUCAACGCAGUUGAUGGAACGUAUGACUGGGUUGUCAGAGACUUUGUUGAGAAACACAAGGAGAGAGUGGUCACUGCAGCUCAGCGAGAUACGUGCGCGAGGAUGGUGAUCGCCCUGGCCCGGCGAUCACAGCUCCUCGGAGCUGCAGAGAGGGCCUGGGGGGAGGCUAUCGCUUCGGCGGAUAGCAAGCAGAAGGAGAAGGAGGCGGCUGAGGAAGCCCUCAGCGUGUUGUUGGAGCAGCUUGAGGGUUUCCUCGGCUAG